GGCUAUCUGCAAUCACUUGUAUAACAGAAUUCAGCAGCUGCUUCUACGUAGGCAAAUUGCAAGAGACAGAGAAGAGCGUGGGCAGGAACUGAGAAGAGGCUUUGAUCCUCUCCACAAGCCACAGGAUCUGCUUUUUGCCAUGUGGUUCUUCUUGGCUGUGUUGCUGAUCCUUUAUUUCUUUCGCCGAUGGUACCGGGAGAGACAGACCGUGGAGAAUCUGACAGAGAAAUAUGUCUUCAUCACUGGCUGCGACUCUGGUUUUGGGAAUGCGCUCGCCAAGCAGCUGGAUCUGAACGGCAUGAGGGUCUUAGCAGGAUGUCUCACCAAAAAGGCGGCUGAACAGCUGGAGAAUGCCACAUCUGAUCGCUUGAAGACCACCAUCCUGGAUGUGGCCAGCACAGAGAGUGUUGCAGCUGCCACCGAGUGGGUGAAACGAUGUGUGGGGGACAAAGGGCUCUGGGGUGUAGUAAAUAAUGCAGGUAUAGGUGCACCAACAAGUCCCAAUGAGUGGCUGGCUAAAGAAGACUUCAUGAAAAUCCUAAGUGUCAACUUGCUUGGGGUGAUUGAUGUGACACUGCAGAUGUUGCCCCUGGUGAAGAGAGCUAGAGGAAGAGUGGUCAAUGUGGCCAGUGUGAUGGGAAGACUGGCAUUCUUUGGUGGAGGUUACUGUCCAUCCAAGUUUGGUGUGGAAGCCUUCUCUGACAGUCUGAGGCGGGAGAUGCUUUCUUUCGGGGUCCAUGUCAGCAUUAUUGAGCCUGGCGCUUUUCGUACAUCCAUUGCAUUGCCUGUAGAAGAAACCUACAAAGAUAUAUGGACUCGGUUACCUUCCGACAUCAAAGUACAAUAUGGGCAGCAGUAUUUUGAUACCUGCCUCAAACAAUUGUCAGGACUCCUCCAUUCAGGAAGCGCAGAUCUCAGCUUGGUCACAGACUCCAUGGAACAUGCUCUGACAUCUCGCCACCCGCGCACUCGUUACUCUUCAGGGUGGGAUGCUAAACUCUUCUACAUUCCCGUCUCCUACUUACCAACUACAGUGGCAGAUUAUAUACUGACCCGUGAUCAACCCAAACCAGCACAGGCAAUAUAGUUAAUGUUCUAGAAACUGUAUUACUGUCAUCUGAGCUGCAGAAUGGAUACACGUUAUCUUUUGAGACUCUUCUCAGAUAAAGCCUAAUCAAACUAAGAUUUUUAUAAAAUAAAUGAUUUUAUUAUUC